AUGCCGAGGAAGGAAUGGAUUUACAGGUUCAUCUGUAACAUCGCAUAUAAGCAAGGUGACACAUUCUUAGUCGCCGAUAUUAAGGAAGGAGGUGGCUCAUCCCUAGUAGUUUGGGCACAGUCAGCGUUAGUUGACAUUCUUGUCAGGAUCUGUUCGCCAUGUUCCUUGGCUAACCGAUGCAGGAGUAUUGAAAAUCGCCAGCAAAACGAAAAUAUAAAGUGGGAGAUAUGGUCGUAUCCCCUUGAGCAGAGCACUAUAGUUGUUCUCUGGAACCCUCACUCUAGGCGAUACAUAAUGAGUAAUGGUAACGAACAAUAUGUCGAAACUGACCAUGGCGAUGAAUACGACGUGAAGUUUCAUUGGUAUCUCGAGGGGGCUGAUGUCAAGAAACCAAACGACACAAUCCCUGUUAAGUAUGAUAAUUAUGGCCAGCAUCCCAAGGACGUACUGAUCUGUGAUUCUUAG